AUGGGCGCAACGCCGAUCUCUGACAAAGGCCCUGCACGAGGGGGCUCCGCGUCGAAAUACUCUCCAUCGUCCUCACCAACUCUUCGACUCUCACCAACCGCAUUUUCGCCGGCGAUCAGCAGCGAUGUGCCCCUCUCAGCGAGUUUCCAAGUCAAGCUCGCCAUCACCGCGACAUGCUCACACUGGCGCAAGAUUGGGCUACCGGAUUUAUUUCGAAAUGUGACUUUCACGUCGUUGCAUCAACUUCAACUCCUCACAGGUAUCGUACAUCCCUCCCAACGCCGAUAUGUGCCUGGGCCAUAUACCACUCCUUUACUAUUGGAACGCAAAGGCAUAGGCCACGGUGCAUUGAUCCAGAGGAUCGAAACCAUUAUUGAUUUGGGCAAAUAUCAGUCAGAUGAUCUGAUAUACGGGAGUAUCAUGUCCGAAUUGCUCAAGUGCUGUCCAAAACUGCGUAUCUAUGUCAACAAAAAUCCUCGAGCCGGCAAUUCGACGCCCCUCCCUAUCAUCAACGCACUCGGCAGAUCAGGAGGGGGUGGAACAAGAACAAGCGACUAUUUCCCGCAACUGAAGCAACAAGAAAUCGCCUCAGAACAGGGAAAUACAUCGCUUGAGCAUCUAGAAUGGUCGGGCAAAGAAGGCAUCCUCGUUGGCGACCUCAAUCUGCUUCUUCCGCGUAUACCCUACUUGCGUAGACUUGUUCUCGGCGACGUUUUUUUGUGUUUCACGCGGUUUUCUGAUACCCAUUCGACUCUGCAAAUAUCUCUCUUGCAUCUGACAUCUCUCCGCAUCGACCUCACGACCCCAGAACGAGCCUAUAUCCGUUAUAACCACCGUUGGUGCAUCCCGACUUUACAAUCGCUCGAGGCUCUCGUUGGGCCCGCACCAUGGGAUUCUGAUCUCUAUGGAUUUCUCGAACACCUUCCGCCACUACGCGAGUUCCACUUGCGGGUGUUGACACACACGAUAAUGCCGCCGCAAAUCUGGCACGAACUGUUCAAACGAAUGAAAUGCUCAACGAUACGAGUUCUCACGUUCAAUGUUUCUGAUAUGCCUGUGCUUCCAACGGACAUCGAGCUCCCAAAUAUCUCCCAGGUCUUUCUGGAAGGAUGUACUCCGGAUUUCCGCGCGAAGAGUCUUUAUGAUCGACCGGAAAGUGAUCGCAAGGAGCAACUGUCCGAACAUUUCACAGCAUUAGCAAGGAGAUGCGUGACGUUACGCUGCAUUCGGAUGCUGGACGACGAGUUUCUUCUUAUGUACGGCAGGAACGUACAAAGCGCGCAAAGAUAG